ACCUUCACCAUCAUGUUCACUAAGACCGUCCUCGCUCUCGCCCUUGUGGCCGUAACUUUAGCUGCUCCUUCACAGCCUUCCAACGGAUAUGCUCCUCCUGCAACCUACGACGCUCCUGCCAAGUACGACUUCAACUAUGCCGUUAAGGAUGACUACUCCGGAAACGACUUCGGUCACCAGGAAGCUCGCGACGGUUACGAUACUCAGGGUUCUUACUACGUUCUCCUUCCCGACGGUCGUCUGCAGAAGGUCGCCUUCACUGUCAACGGCGACUCUGGCUACGUGGCUGAGGUCAGCUACGAGGGUGAAGCUCAGUACCCCGAGUACAAGCCCGCCCCAGCAUACAAGCCCACCCCCGCUUACAAGCCCACCCCCGCUUACAAGCCCGCCCCUGUUUACAACUCUGCUCCUGCUUAUUAUCACACUCGAUCUACCUUCACCAUCAUGUUCACUAAGACCGCCCUCGCUCUCGCCCUUGUGGCCGUAACUUUGGCUGCUCCUUCACAGCCUUCCUACGGUUAUGCUCCUCCUGCAACCUACGACGGUCCAGCCAAGUACGACUUCAACUAUGCAGUGAAGGACGACUACUCCGGAAACGACUUCGGUCACCAGGAAGCUCGCGACGGUUACGAUACUCAGGGUUCUUACUACGUUCUCCUUCCCGACGGUCGUCUGCAGAAGGUCGCCUACACUGUCAACGGCGACUCUGGCUACGUUGCUGAGGUGAGCUACGAGGGUGAAGCUCAGUACCCCGAGUACAAGCCUGCUCCUGCCUACAAGCCCGCCCCUGCUUACAAGCCCGCCCCUGCUUACAAGCCCGCCCCUGCUUACAAGCCCACCCCUGCUUACAAGCCCGCCCCUGCUUACAAUCCUGCUCCUACCUAUGCUAUAUAUAAACUGCUGCUAUCUGUAACUAGAGGCUUAGUUUCCAACAUUCAAGGAUUCGUGGUUGCACCCAUACGUGAUCAGAUCCUUAAGCUUAAAUGCAUAGAUAAGGCAACUGAAAUUACCCUAUUCCUCUUCAUCAUGUUCACUAGGGCCGUCAUCGCUCUCGCCCUUGUAGCCGUCACUCUGGCUGCUCCUUCACAGCCUUCCUAUGGAUAUGCUCCUCCGGCAACCUAUGAUGCUCCCGCUAAGUACGACUUCAACUAUGCCGUGAAGGACGACUACUCCGGCAACGACUUUGGUCACCAAGAGGCCCGUGACGGAUACGACACCCAGGGAUCUUACUACGUCCUCCUUCCCGACGGUCGUCUGCAGAAGGUCGCCUACACUGUCAAUGGCGACUCUGGUUACGUGGCUGAGGUCAGCUACGAGGGUGAAGCCCAGUACCCCGAGUACAAGCCUGCUCCUGCCUACAAGCCUGCUCCUGCCUACAACCCCGCCCCCGCUUACGAGCCAGCCCCUGCCUACAAGCCUGAACCUACAUACGCCUAAAUUAAACCAAUAUUUACAAGGAAUAUUUAUUAA